AUGGAAAAAGCCCGAACAAUGCGCAUAGCCGCAAAUCUGCCACACAACCUGUGGAAGGAUAUUGUGGAGGCUGCUUGCUACCUACGCAACCGAACACCUCUUGAACGUAACAAAUGGCACAGCCUAUUCGGAAGUGUUUUUAAGAAGCAACCGAUACUUAGUCAUUUAAAGGCUUAUGGUUGUAAGGCAUUUGCAAUGACUGCAGAUGCCCAACUCAAGCUUCAGAGAAGGCAAAAGCUUGAACCGAGAGUACAUAUCGGGUAUCUCGUAGGCUACCAAUCCUCAAAUAUCUACAAGAUAUGGGUUCCGCACAAGAAUAAGGUUAUCUUAACCCGAGAUGUUAUCUUCAAUGAGUCGGCUUUCUUUGAGAACAAAAUAGCUCAACCCGAACUACGACAAACCAUAAGUCAGCUGCUGGAAGAAAUUGAAAUCCCAGAAGAACGGCAAGUUAUGGAGUCUAUGCUCGAAGAAGAAACAUUCGAAUAUUCUGAUGAAUCAGAUGAGAAGAGAUUCUGGAUGAAAUCGUUGUGA